UUUUUACUUGUUGAAAAGUAGUGAGGAGGAUCAUUUCCAUCCAUCUAACUAGACGAUUGUUUUCGCCACCGUUGCAAUUGUGAACUGUAAGACAGUGUCAAUCACCAUCGUUGAUACAAGGGCCUGAUACAAUGUUUUAGUUCAACCUAUGUGGCGCGACGUCAAUGUUUGUAUAAUUUUGACGAUGCAUUGAAUCAACGCGCGUGACACCGAAGACUGUCUGUCUGUAUCUUCGAACCCAAAAAAUGAUAAUCAACCAUUAUUAGGCUACUAAUACUAUGAUAUUAAUAUUUUUAUGGAGAUGACAACCUCACAAUUGCAUGCGCAGGUCGUUUUCUCUGAGGGAAACUAUUCAGAUAGUUAUUUCCAUGUGUUUACCUGCGUUUAGGUUUUUAAUUCGAUUCUUUGUUUGAGGCAGCAUGAAAACCUGCUGUGGCAUGCUGGUCCCUGUUUUCAACUCUUGUUUUGAGAGUAAGAUGUAGCCUACCAAUGAAAAUAAAUAAUGUUAGUCUUGAGAUUAGGACAGAUUUCACCCUUCUUGGUCUCAGAAUCCAUUUAAGAUGUUGUCCCUCAUAAUGUCAGUUUAAACUAGGUACAACAUGCUUUUGCAUUGACUACUUUCUGUUUCUAUGGAUAAGCUCUCACAUUGACAUCUCAGAUACAGAACCAGUACAGCCAGAGGAGAAUAGCUGUGUCGGUCAUACCACUGGCAUUGUCAAUGGGGCCAAAAUAAGAGACCAUAUAUUUUUUUCUUAGAAAGGUGUACUGCUUGGUUCCUGUAAUCAGAACCCACUAAAACACGUUUCGUUAAUCUAUUUUUACGUUUCUGUUCCUUGUGUGCUGUUGUGUCUCUGUCAUAGUCACCAGCUUAGCGGAGGGUGUUUUUCAGUGUAACUGACUACUUUGGCUAUCUGCAAGCAACAUUCUUCCAAUUCCAAUGGGAGACUACUCCAGAGCAGGGCCCUUCCACAGCACCGGCUUUGCAGGCCCCCUCCACACUAUUAACAUGGAUGGCAGGGACGAUUUCAUUGAGGACAGCGAAUGCCACAGCAACAAUUCCCAACAGGACAGCAUUUCAGGGCUGUGUUUGCCUCCAUAGAAGACAGUGAUAGCGACCUGGACAACCACGACUCAUCCUCCAACACCUCAGCUGAUGACCACAUGACCUCCACCAAGAGAACACACCACAGGGGAGUUAAAGAAGAGAGCGAGGAGGGGGCCGACCUGAUGAACAGCUGUGUGUGUCCUCUGUGCACCCUGGAGUUCAGCAGCCCCGAGCAGCUCAUCACACACGUCUACCAGCACACAUCGUUGAUGGGCAGCAGUAAGAACUACGUGUGCCCAGUGUGUGGGCGCACGCUCAGCUCGCCAGGCUCCCUGGGGCGCCACCUUCUCAUCCACUCUGAGGACCGCCUCUCCAACUGUGCUGUGUGUGGGACACGCUUCACCGACACCAACAACUUCAACAGGGAGAAGCUCAGAGAGGUCCUGAACACAGGCAGCAGUAUGGAAUGCAGCAGCGGAGAUGAGAACUGUUCCAUGUCCCGGUCUCUCUCCAGCAGCCCCAUGGGCAACCCCGGUCAUGGCCUGGGACACGGCCACGGGCCCGGCCACAACCAAGGACACAACCCUGGCCGUGGCACAGGCCACAUCCCGGGACACAGCCACGGCCCGGGAUACAACCCCGGCCACAACCAAGGACAUGGACAUGGCCCAGGACACAACCAUGGCCAAGGUCUCGGACACCUCCCAGGCCACCCACUCCCCUCACUGCACCACAGCCUCCUCUCUUCGCCCCCCUCCUUCCCUGACGCCCUCAGCCCCUCACCAGGCCUACCCCUGCUGCCAGACAUCCUGAGCCCCAUGCCUGUGCACCCGGCCGGAGUGUUGCUGGUGUGCAACAGCUGUGUGGCCUACCAGCAGCUGGUGGACGCCCAGUCUCCCAUGAGGAAGUGGGCCAUGCGCAGGAAGAACGAGCCGGUGGAGGCACGCAUGCACCGUCUAGAGCGCGAGCGCUCCGCCAAGAAGACCAAGCGGGAGCACGAGUCGCCUGAGGAGCGGGAGCUGCGGAGGCUGCGGGACCGCGAAGCCAAGCGGAUGCAGAGGCUGCAGGAGACAGAGGAGCAACGGACACGGAGGCUUCUGCGCGACAGGGAGGCCAUGCGGAUGAAGAGGGCCAACGAGACACCAGAUAAGAGGCAGGCCAGGCUGAUCCGUGAGAGAGAGGCCAAGAGACUGAAACGGCGGCUGGAGAAGAUUGACCCCUCCCUGAGAGGUCAGAUAGAGCAUGACCCAGCUGCUAUGGCUGCCCUGACGGCAGACAUGAGCCUGUUCCAGUUCCCCUGCCCCAUGCCUGUCCCCUCUCUAGACAACAGCCUCUUCAUGAAGCUGCCCUAGCAGGACCAGGUCACUGGGGGCAGCACACUGGACCACUAACAGUUACAAUGACCUCUCCACUACACCUAUGGGUUGCCAUGGCCACAGAUAGAACCAUUCCAUGCUGGUUGAAAUUCCAGCAUCUUGUGUGUCCAACAACUUGAUACCCAAACUCCUGUGUCAACAAAUAACAUUAAUUUAUUACAGACUAGCAGGAAAUAAGAGCAGGUUCAAGAAUGUUUCACUUAAAGGUAGGUAUUGAUAAAGCAUGUUCUAAAGAGAUUUUAUCUGUUCUGUUUUGGGGGAUAGUAGACUUUGACUUACCAGCCCAUUGUGACAGGAGCAGUUACACCCUUCCAUCUUUUGCACAUGGACCUUCAGUGGUGGGAGUGAUUCACGUAGCCCAUAGCGCUCUCCCUCGCCUCUGGUCCCUUCUGCUAGCAAAGUUGCUGGAGUUUACCGGUAGCUACACCUCUCUCACGCUGCCAACGUGGGUCUCUGCUCUGGCUAGCUCAUAUCCACCCAAUCAACUACCUCAGUAAGGGCUGAAGCCGAGCCCUCUGUGGCCUACGUUCUGACUCCAAGCUUCUUUACGCGUACACUACAUUAGAGAAUGCGGGUUGUUUUCUUAGUUUGAGGGUGUGUUUAUAUCUUUAGGACGUAUUCACAGCUCACCGGGAGAAUAUUCAGUAAGACAUAGUCAGAAAUAUCCAGUAUAUAACGGGAACGAUAGAAAACGGCCCUGUUCUAUACAUCACAUUUCUAUCCGCUGUGCUCGGAAUAUGCUGUACUAUUUAAUGAGCCCUAUUUUGAGCAACAUUAUCCUCCAUUCCAGCAUAUUCUCUAAAACUCUAAAUAUACUGCCACUACUGUAGGUCUCUUUGCCUUUUAUUAGUCACAUUGACCUUCCUCAAUCUGUUUUUCCCUCGUACCUUCUCAACACUCAUAACCUUUGCCAAGUAGUUGGUAAUAAUUUCCUCUUUACUUUAUGCAUCUCCUGUUGCAUUGACAUUUUUGGCUCAUCAAACCACAAUCUUUGCUGCUGUUACUGUUCUGUACGUGUUAGUUACCUCUAGGACAUUUAGGACUCAACAUGUGAACUGAGAGUGCUAAUUUACUACAUUUUUCUAACUGCCCCAAAUGGUCAUAUUUCCUUCCUCACCCAGCCAACGUAUUGAAAUAUGCUCAUACAGUUGAAGUUGGAAGUUUACAUACUUAGGUUGGAGUCGUUGGAGUUACGUUGGAGUCAUUAAAACUAGUUUUUCAACCACUCCACAAAUUACUUGUUAACAAACUAUAGUUUUGGCAAGUCGGUUAGGACAUCUACUUUGUGCAUGACACAAGUAAUUUUUCCAACAAU